AUGAGGGCCCUCUUUAUCAACUCCACCCUUCUCCUCAUCCACCGACCAGCCAAUGCAUCUGUGGUGGAGCUGACAGUGUUUGAGAGGUGCACGGCAAUGCCGGAGGUUCUGUUGUUUUAUUUCUGCCUGCAGUUCAUCAACCUGUUCCUGGGCAUCCCGGCCAACGUCAUGGUCCUUUGGCUCAUCCACAGGACCAAAGGGGACUCCUCCACAUCGGACAUCUUUAUCCUACACCUGGCCGUCCUGGACACAUUCUUUUGCCUCAUUCCGCCCCUGGAGUUCGCCAACCUCAUGUACCUGACGGUGGACAGCACAUGGUACGUCCUGCGCUUCUUCUACGGCAUCAAGGACUCCUCACCUCUCUUCCUCGCCUGCAUCUGCAUGGACCGCUACAUGGCCGUGCGUCACCCAAUCCUCUUCACCGAGCUAAAGGACCGCAAGCACCGGUCUGUGUGCGUAGCCGUCGUCUGGCUCAUCACGCUGGCGUACGCCGCCGCCAAGUGUGUGGGAGACAUCCCUAACUUCGAGAAGGUCUUCACCGUCAUGAUCCUGGCCGCCUUCCUCUUCAUGGUCUUCUGCAACAUCUCCAUUCUCUGGGCUCUUAGCCAGUCCGGCCCCGGCCGCGACGAGAUGCACCCGGUCAAGAAGAGGGCCUUCAAGAUGGUGCUCAUCAUCCUGGCCAUCAUCAUCUUCAACUACUUGCCGCCCGUCGCCCUCUUCCCGUUCCAGGUGUACUUCACGGAUGACGUGUUCAAAUGCUACAUCCACUACAUUGCCUUCGGCUUCAUGGACAUCAGUAGCAGCAUCCAGCCGAUGCUCUACCUCUCCAAGGAGAAGCUGAUUAUCCCAAGCUGUAGAACUAAAGACGGCUGCUGCAGCCGUUGCAGCUGUUGCUGUGCUGUGACGGGUGAAAUGGAGGUGAGCACUUAG